AUGAAUGUUGCAAGAAAACAAUUAAACACCAUAAAAAUUUUUCAUGCAAAACUAUUAGAUACGUUAAAACGACAUCAAAAUGAUCUUGCCAAUAACUACAGUCAGGAUAUUGAACGCCUUAAAUUCGAACAAGAAUCAUUGAAAGCUCAAGUUGAAGCAGAAUUAGCAAGACUUAAAAAACAAAAGAUUCAAACCGGAAAUGACAUUAAAAUAGAAGUAAACAGUAAUAUUGAUGAUGUUAAUAAAAAAGACAUUUCGACUGUGAAAACAAUUGAAAAUGAUAAAUGCAGUGAUAAUAUUGAUGUUAAAAAGAACAAUCAAACUCUUAAAACUGAAAAGAAACAAAAAAAAAAUAAUCCAGCUGUUCCUGCAAAGAGUACCAUUACCACACCAGUAGAUUUUGGUAGACUAGAUUUACGUGUUGCUAAAAUUUUAAGUGCUUCCAAACAUCCUAAUGCUGAUGCUCUAUAUGUAGAAACUAUAGAUGUGGGAGAAGAAAAACCAAGAAAUGUUGUAAGUGGAUUAGUGAAGUUUGUUCCAUUGGAAGCAAUGUCUAAUCGCAUGGUUGUGUUGUUAUGUAAUUUAAAACCCUCUAAAAUUAGAGGUGUCUUAUCUGAGGCAAUGGUAAUGUGUGCUAGCUCGCCUGAAAAUGUUGAAAUACUGGAACCACCUCCAGGUUCAGUGCCAGGAGAUUAUAUAAACGUAGAUGGAUACACAAGAUCUCCAGAUAAGGUAUUGAAAGUAUUUGAAGAAAUUGCACAGGAUUUGAAAACAGAUGAAAAUUUACAAGCUACAUAUAAAGGAAUACCUUGGACUGUAACUGGUAAAGGAGCUGUUUUGGCAAAAUCUUUAAAAAAUAUUAAAAUUAAAUAA